ACUUCAGCAUUCAAAUAUUUCUUGACCCCUGAACGGUCACUCUUUUUUUUUUAUGUCGUGCACUCAGAGAAAUUAAUUAUGGCAUAGUUUAUUUUGAAGUAUUUCAUCUUUGAUUUUAUUUCAAACAUACAUUUUCUUUGUAUACAGAUUACUAUUAGCAUAAAUCUGUGAAUUUCAAAACUAAUGAAAGGGAAUCAGUUAAGACGUAUGAAUCUAGGCUAAAGAUGGCAGGCUGUGACUUAACCAAUAUUCUUGUCAUUAAAAUGUAUCAAAUUGCUUUGCAUUUGGGGUUGACGUCAAUAUUUCAGUGUGUGUGCUUCACAUUUCCAGUAGGUCGCGGUAACGCAAGCCGUUUGUCAGCAGGAUUUGAACUUGACAAGAAGACGGACUUUUCCCAACAUGCCCCCGUGCAUUUGUAAACGUUAAAAGAAUUCUAACACUUUUGGUUGUUGCUAAUUGUUUUCACGUUGAUGUUACUUGUCUGUGUUCUCCUUCUGUGUGUGUUUUACUCACCUCCUGUGCAUAGUGUUGUUGCACUGUAAACUAAUUUGGUGUUCAGUUGAAUGACUCCCCUGAUCAUUAACCUUCUUCAUUGGAGGAAGUCGUGGGUAUGCUCUGAGCUACGAUUGGUUUAUCUAAUGAGCUCUCUUUGUGUGCCAAGGCAAUCCUCACAAGUUUAUGUAUAACUGAUCUUUGCCGUAAUAUCAGAAAUAAAGCAUCCAGAUCUUUUUUUUUCAUCUGAAUAUUUAGAAUACAUUUGCUGAGCACUGUAUUUCUGAUGUAGAAUAAUAUUAAUUACCGGUACUGUCGCCUGCAUGCAUGACUUGGAGUCAUUUUAUAAUGCCGCAAUAAGACAUUUUGGACCUGAGGGUUUAACUUGUACGAGAUAUUUUACCUUACACUGUACUUACGUCAGACUUCUCUUGCAAAACCGAGGAAACGCGAUUAAGCUCAAUGAGAAUAAAACAGGCAUGAAGUCACAUGCUGCAGAGCGCUGCUUAUGAAAGACACACUCUGCUGUACAGUACUUCCUAAUGAACAGUGGGUCUCUUGUGUCUGCAUUGAGCUGCACCUUUGCACUAAUCUUCUUUCCAUUUUUCAUGCUCCAGCCUGGAGUUUGUGUCAGUCUUGACUUUAUCCAGAUUUUGCCGAGUGGAAAUCUGUUUUAAUAUAAAAUGACUCCAAGGCCAAAGGGAGUUUACCACAUCGCUGCUUUCAGCUGGUAUGCUUUUGUUGUAAUGACUCUGGCUGCAAAGGAUGGAGAGGAAUUACCACCUGGGAUCUUUGUGUAUGGGGGACCUUGGAAAUACCUCACGUUUUUGAAUUUAUUACUGCAAAUGUUAUUCUUUGGGCUGGCUGCGGUGAGCGAUCUUCAGGACGGAAAAAAUUUGAAUAACACGCUGAACAGAUGUACAGAUCUAAUAUUCUCUGUUUUUGCCUUCCCAGUGGGCAUGUUUGUUGUUGUUCUUUUUUGGGCUAUAUUUGCCUAUGACAGAGAGUUGGUGUACCCUGCAACAAUUGACGCCUUCCUCCCUCCUUGGAUCAACCAUGCGAUGCAUACAUUUGUCCUUCCUUUAUUACUUGGAGAAAUUCUGUUGCAGCCACAUGCCUACCCACAAACAAAGAAUGCACUUGCCACACUGGGAGUAGUGGGCAUCGGUUACCUAUUCUGGAUUCUCUGGGUGUACUUCUCAGCGGGGAUUUGGGUGUAUCCCCUCCUUGGGCAUUUCAGUGCUGUUGGUCUGCUGGGCUUCUUUUGUUUUAACAUGUCUGUGGUGACCUUGCUCUACCUUCUUGGAGACAAACUCAACAGCAGCGUGUGGAAAAACCGACUUCAUCAAUACUGACAGAGGAAAUAUCAACAGGGCCCUGAUCAUUCAUAGACCUGAAAUUUUUGUUUUUGUUUCAAAGGAAAAAAAAACAAAACAUUAUUUUCUAUUGCUAUACGCUGAAUAACAUUCAAUACAAUACAUCCUGAUUUAUAUAGUGCUUUCACAAUAGUUCAGGAAUAAUUCUUUGCAAAUAUUAAAGUUGAACAUUACAGAAGCGCUAACAAUUGCAAUGUAUGAAGGGAGUCCAUGUCAGCACUUCCUCGUUAAUACUGACUAUACCUUACAACUGUAAUGGUCCAGUUUUAUGUCAACAUUUAAGUUUUCCCAUUUAAGUGUAGACAAAACCUCAACAA